AUGCUGUCGAUUCAUGUGCCUCCUUUGAACAAGGGGCGUUCCACCAGUCCCACCAAGAAGGAGGAAUUGCGAAGAAAAGCUCGUCAAAUGCUUGAAAAUCCAGCUGCAGCUGCUUUUCCAACGGGAACGUCACAAGAUGAUGAAAAACGCAGGCAAGAAGCACGGCGACUCAUUGAGGAGGCAGUAACGGACGGUGCAACAUAUCUUGUCGGAUCCGCGGAGGCAUCUACAUCGUCGUCGAAUCUGCAGCGAUCGGCCUAUCGUUCCCAUACGUCAAUUAAUGGAUCGAACUCGGACUUGAGGAAAAUUGGUCAGGAGUUUUCGCUAUCUAAAACUACUAAUAGACAUUUAUUCGGUCCUGUUUGA